AAAAAAAAAGUUUUCUUCAAACGCAUUUCGAAUAAAAACUUGAAUAAAACAGAUGCAACUACAACCAUAUCCUGCUAUUUGAACGACUUCUUCAACGACUAGGAUCACGUUCCAACCAGCUACCGAUAUAGACUACAGUAACCCACUCUGUGAAUUGUUCAUGUCGUGCCAACACAGGACGGGCUCAAGGAGACAGGACUUGUGAACUCAACUGGGACUUUUAUUUCGUUCUACACGUUUUAACUACAACAAACUUAUUUUACUGUUAUUUGUCAACCGCCAAGAAGGAAAGAUUGCUCUUCAACAACUACCUUCCUAUUAUUCUCAUUUGGCUGGAGCGGGUUUGUACGAAACUGUUUUAAUGUUUGGAAUUCAGGAAAAUAUAGGCUUACCUAGAGGAGGGACGACAAUGAAAGAGGAACCGCUGGGCAGCGGGAUGAACUCGGUCCGCUCGUGGAUGCACACAUCUGGGGUAGUGGAUGCGAACACAGCCGCCCAAAGCGGUGUGGGUUUGGCUCGGGCACACUACGAGAAGCAACCACCGUCCAACCUCAGAAAAUCCAACUUUUUCCACUUCGUUCUUGCGUUGUAUGACCGACAAGGACAGCCGGUGGAGAUCGAACGGACAGCCUAUGUGGACUUUGUGGAGAAGGACAAAGAACCAAACAGUGAAAAAACUAACAAUGGGAUUCACUACAAACUCCAGUUACUGUACAGCAACGGUGUCAGAACAGAACAGGAUCUUUUCGUACGAUUAAUCGAUUCCAUGACAAAACAGGCUAUUAUCUAUGAAGGUCAAGACAAAAACCCAGAGAUGUGCCGAGUGCUUCUCACACACGAAAUCAUGUGCAGUCGGUGUUGUGAUAAGAAGAGUUGUGGCAACAGGAACGAGACUCCUUCAGACCCCGUUAUCAUCGACAGAUUCUUCUUGAAAUUCUUCCUCAAGUGCAAUCAGAACUGCUUGAAGAAUGCAGGAAACCCACGAGACAUGCGCAGAUUCCAGGUUGUUGUAUCAACAACGGUCAACGUGGACGGUCACGUCCUGGCGGUCUCAGACAACAUGUUUGUCCAUAACAACUCCAAGCACGGCAGAAGGGCUCGACGUCUAGACCCUUCUGAAGGUACGGACCCUCCUUAUCUCUAUCAUG